AUGGUCCAACUCUGGGAAGAGCAUUGCCAUCGGGGCAGUGAGCCACAACAGCAAAAACUGGCAGAUAUCCUCGACAUUGUGUUGGAAACUUCUCAGGGCGGGUUUUUCCUUCUUCUCGAUGCUCUGGACGAGUGCCCCUCGACAGAUCAUGACGAACGGAGCUCGCUCUUGCAAUUCCUUGAGGAGCAUUUGGGAAGACAUCGAGCCAAAAUUCACAUUCUCGCCACGAGCCGACUAGAGCCAGAUAUACGCCCAAGGAUGGAGCGAUAUCAAAGCGUGAGUCUGGAGACUGGAUUGGAGGAAGAUGUGGAAACUUUUGUUCGCGCUCAAGUUGUCCAUGGCAAAUUGUCAGAAUGGGGUGAGUCAGUUAAAAAGCGGACCCUAGAGAAAUUGCUUGAUAUUCCGGAACGGUAUGUUCAACUGGGUGCGUUUGGCUGCUUUAGAUCAGGAUUAAAUGUGGCCUUACUCAUUCCUGGAGCUGCAACCGCCUCUGGUUUAUGCAUCGGAAAUGGGAUUGAAACCAACAGUCGAAACGUUCCACAGGGCGCCAGUCCUAUGGAACCAGCUCUGUGUGGACCGCCCAACGCAUUGGAUAUAGCCGCGAUACGAGGCUACCUCGAGGUUCUGGAGUUGUUGCUGAAUAAAAUGGAUGAGAUACCUCUAAGAGUGACAGAAAUCAUUCUGGAGUCUAUUCGUGUCAUCGAGGCCGACAGGGACAAUUUGGCAGUCAUUUUGGACCUGCUUUGGGACAAGGGUGCUUUGCAUGAUCAAUCAAGAGCAUCGCACGCGAUCAUUGACAAGAGGCUAGUUGAAAGAGCAGCUAGCAAUCUGGACUCGGGCCAGAUACUCAUGGAGCAGCUUCUGGAUCGAAAAGAGAAAAUGGGCGUCAAGAUAACUGAAAACUUGUUAUUGGCCGUGAUUAGCAAUCAUGAGCACGGCGAAGAAAUCAUGGACUUGCUUUUCGAUAAGUGUGACCCGGAGAUACGUGAAGGAGCAAAGCUUUUGGGCAAAUUGUUGGAUGUAAGGAAGGGAUCUGGUUCGCGCCUUGUAUCAGAUCAAUUGAGCCAGAUGCCGGGGAACAAGAUGCCCGAGACCGAACAGAAAUACAUCGUGCGGCUUCCGGCCGAUGGAUACCACGAUGUCUUCAAGAUCCCGCCGGUAAUUUACCGGCUUUGUGGUCAGACCUACCAUCGGGAUGAAGAAUACAGAUACCGAUGCUGGACAUGCUGCCAGGUCAUCAAGGGGAGUCGGCAGUUUACAGUGCAUGUUAUGUUUCAUGAGCACUGCGGAUUCAAAAUCGGUUUGAAAUCGUCAUGGAUAAGCGGCAAACGCAGUAAGAGUCGUAAAUGGACUCUUCCUUUCGACGAGGACACGGUUCUUCGUUAUGAUGGUCCGUUUGUGUUUCUUGAUCUCCCACCUGAGUUGCGAAUCAUGGUGUACAGGUAUCUUAUCUGUUUCGAGGAAGUGAAAUUUUCAGAAGAUAUCCCAUACUGGAGAAAAACCAAACGUCGUCGAGAUGGGCACUGGUGGCAAUAUAAUCUCUACGACAAUUUGCUGGCCAUCACGGCCGUAAACCGUCAGAUCUACCACGAAGCCCGACGGACAUUCUACACGGAGAACAGGUUCUUAUUUGAAAAUUUCGAAGCCCUCCCUGUUUUUCUGGUCGGAAUCGGAGUGCACAACACCAGGCUCUUGCGCUCCGUGUGCUGCAGGACCAAAUCGGGACCGGUCAAAGACUACACCGAUCUCAUUCGGGCAUGUGUGAACCAAGCGGCCACCAUGGAGAGAAAUACGGUAAAUGAAUAUUACUUCGAGGCCCAGCUUGUUGAGGACCUGUAUCUGAAUCUCCCGGACCCAGACACCCUGAAACCUGCUUUCUUGCCGUAUGAUAGGUGGAGUGGUUAUUAUCGCCGGCUGCGUCCGGACAGUCCAUCCGUCCCGGAUUGCUCGUUUCGAAUGCGUUUCGGGCUCAGGGCCACCGUGCGACAGAAGGGCAAAGGUGGAGUAAAUGUCGAUAAAAACUAUCUGGUGGCAUUUGAAUUAUGCAAGCAGAAUAUGCGAGUGAGGAGGCCUUGA